GAAAUUUAAUAGAAUCUAAUACAAGAUCAACAAUAUGUUAACGAAACCGAAAAUAGCAUGUGCCAUCAUUGAAGGUAUAUCAUAUGUGAAAGAAGAUGAAGAACUCCAAGAUUUUGUUGUUGAAGUUGAAGGCAAAGAAUUUAAAUGUCAUCGUCUGAUACUCAGCGCUUGCUCUGAAUUUUUCCGUGGUCUUCUCAGAUCUAGGAUGAAAGAGUCGCAGAAACAGAGAACAAAGCUUGAGGGCGUCUCCAUGGAAACGUUCGCUACCAUCUUAGAAACUCUCUACACCGGAUGUGAAAAUUUGACACGUGACAACAUGCUUAAUGUCUGGCAGGCUGCCGAUCAACUUCUAAUAAAAUUUGUCUCUGAUAAUUGUGUAGAUUUUAUAACAAGCAAUUUUUGCAAUGAGACUAUCAUCUCAGUUUGGAAAGUAGCAUCUCAACUGAGGAACAAUAAUAUCAUAGAACUUUGUGAAACGUUUCUUAGAAACAAUACAACUCUGGCAAACUGGGAAAUUAUAUAUUCGACUGCAAAUUUUUUGGGUUCAGAUUUGAUUUUGUCACAUGUUCGAGAUUUCAUCAAGAAAAAUUAUGAACACGUCAUCAAAUGUAACGCAUUUCUGUGUCUUCUUUACAAUGAUUUACUUGAAAUUAUACAAAGUCAAGAUUUGGUUGUAUCUUGUGAGGAUGUUGUCAUUGAGUCUAUUUUUAAAUGGAUUAAAUGUGACAGAACAGAUAAUUCAGAGGCGACGGCUGUUGGUCUGAGUCAGAAUGAAAAGGAUGAUUCAUUUGGAGUUAGGCAAGGAGCAUAUAAUACACAAAUAUUUCAUGACGGACAGCACCAGCCUGAGGGAGAUGCGAAUGAAAACACUGUAGCUAUUACAGAAUUCUCAAUUCAAGAUCGUCAGGAACAUUUUAAAAGUCUUUUUUUUAAAACAAGACUCAGCCUCGUUAACUCUGUAACUCUAGAAAAACUUUCACGUGACACUUUAGUGAUGGGUAACGAAACAACAAGAGAAAUGGUCAUGGAUGCAUUUUUGUAUAAUUCUAUUGGACGUCAACACGGCGUGUGGUCAAAUGCAGCCGUGCAUAGAAGUUGUAGUGCAUUAGAGAACGUUUGUGUAAUGGGUAAUCGAAAUGGAUAUUUUUGGGCUUGUUCAUAUAACCCAAAAUUUAGAUGGUUAGAAAUUCCAAGCUGUAAGUAUCUAGCCACGAGCACUUCUGUCAAAAUUGUUUCUUAUAUGACAGACAUUUUUGCGAUCGGUGAUGUAGCAGAGAAUAGCAGCUUGUGUUUUUUCAUAAAAAAUGACUGGAGUAGAGUUAAGAGUAUACCGGGUAAUGGAUGGCUUGGUGUGGCUGUUGAAGAAUUUGUCUAUUUAAUUAACUCUUCUCAUCAACAAAUCAAAAGAUUUGAUCCAAGACUUGGGAAUUGCUUACUUGAAGACUUGAUUAGUUUCCCCACAAAUAAUAAAAUUGAACACAUUUGUUCAUUUGAUUUGUUCAUACUUGCUUUUUGCUCAGACGUAGUUAACGAAACAGCUGUGCAUUGUCUUGACACAAGGUGUCAGAGAUGGAAAAAACUUGACAGACUUGAAGGUUCAGCCAAAAAUAUUGUUAGUUUCAGAAAGGAGAAAGCUUUAUAUGUGCUUCAAAGAAAUGGAAACCUGUGGGAAAUUGAUCGUGACGGAUGGCAAGGUGUAAAUAUGACUUUGGUUGAAAUUCUUUCAUGUCAUAAUAUUGAGAUGUGUGGCGCCAUUUAUGUUAACAACACACUUCGUCUUGUUUUAGGGGAAAAGAAAAAUCCAGAUAAAACGUUCUCCUUGUUUUCAAAACUCUUUGGGAAAAUUUCACUAAGUUUCGGAGGGCCAGAUUGGUCUAAUAUUAUUCCGGCCAUUAUUGAAAAGUCAUGCGUUGAUACAUAAGGUGCAUAAUGCCGUGACAUUGUCACAAAAGUCAUGCGUUGAUACAUAAGGUGCAUAAUGCCGUGACAUUGUCACAAAAGUCAUGCGUUGAUACAUGAGGUGCAUAAUGCCGUGACAUUGUCACAUCCGACAUUAACAAACUACCCCUGGUCUUGUAACUUCUUGUUGAAUACAUUCAGCUCCUGUGAAAUGUCGACAAGAAAAGCCAAAAUCAAUGAGCCGUUUGGGAUCACUUAAUACAGGAACAACCACCCCAUCCUUCGCCAUGACGGCUUGAAAUGCUAAAACUUGUUCAAAUAGUAGACAGGAGCCAGCUAUAUUUAUGAUUAAUUGAUGCAAAGGAAGAAGAUAUUUGUAGGGAGAAUGAAUUUUUUAACAUAAAAAUGGCAUUUUAAGUAACCCUAUUUUGAAAGUGACCAAGCUGACAGGCUCUAAAUUUCCGUCACUCGUAAAAACUAUUGGCAAUUUUAAAAAGGAUUCUUCGAUACUGUGUAAGAUUGCAACGAUUUACAAUUAUGAUUGUGCAUUACCCAACACAUUCAAAACGAUAACACGUCAUUCCGUUAUCCAUUAUUAUGGAAAUGGUGAAUUUUUAAAUAGUUUUAUGUUGAAUAGUUUUGUGAGGUCAAUAAACAUGUCAGGUGUUUCAACACGGUGCGAAGAUGGAGUGCGAGUUUUAUUUUAAUGUAUUAGAGUGGCGCUAGGAGUUAUCGUUGAAUUGUGAGAAAAGCAAAUCCAUUUUAGUCAGUAUGUUAUAGAGUCGUCAUAGUUUUAGUGUAGUGUGGACUAUUUUUAAUGACUUUUGUCAACAUAUAACAAUUGUGAUGCUGUUAGAAUAAUGUAAAAAUGUAAUUCUA